CCUUUCUCUCUCUCCAAACAUUGGAAUUUUUUCUCUUUCCUUUCUCUCUCCUCUUUCCUUUCUCACGAAAACCAAAAAACCAUAUAUUGUUAUGAAUUUGUUUAUAUGAAUUUAUACUCAUAAAAUUGAAACAGUAAUCGUAGAUGAAAAAUUUUAGAACAAACAAGAAACCCUAGCCCCAAAAACGAACGUUCCCCUUUCCCUCUCUUUCUUCCUUUCGAGUUUCGACUCAUCCUCCCAUCGGUCCUCGACCUCAACCUCUCAACCUUUCGAUCUUUUGAUCUCUACGGCCAACAGAGCGACCGUGUUCUGCAGAUCCGUCAGCUGCUGGCUGCGAGAAUACCGAGAUCUGAUCAGAGUUCCGGAGAUCUGACCACCAAAGCCAUGGUCGUGAACGGCCCGAGGCCUAUGAAGCGGAUCAUGAAGAGGCGAGUCACGGCUGAUCUUUACGACUUCUUUACGUUCCCGUCCCCCGCUGCGGACGGCGAGGCUCCCGUCUCCAGGAGUCCGUUCCGGUCGAGCGUGCGGGAGUUUUUGAUCAGGCACGCGCUUCCUCCGCCGCCGUCGUCGCUGUCUCCGCACCUUCUGGCUUGGCAGAUCCUGUUCCGAGUCGGCGAGGUGGCGGACGAGGCGUACUUGUCGCCGGCGGCGGUAUGCGUCGACGUUGUGGAAGAGGAUGUCGCCAGAUCUAGAUCCGUCUAUUGCGACCAGUGCCGAGUCGUUGGCUGGAGUGGUCAUCCAGUAUGUGGGAAACGUUACCAUUUCAUUAUCAAGGCUGAUGGGAAUCCAAUCGGUGGAUAUCAGAAGCAAUGUACAUGUUGUGGAGAUAUCCUGCAUUUAUCAGAUUCCAGAUGCAAGGCAUGCCACUAUGUAAUGACAGAGGAUGAUGUUGAAGACUGGGUGUAUAAUCAGUUAGAGGACACUACUCAUCUACUGCAUGGUGUAGUCCAUUCAAACGGCUAUGGGCACCUUCUUAGAGUCAAUGGCAAAGAAGGUGGUUCAAAGGUUCUUUCAGGAUGUCACAUCAUGGACUUCUGGGAUCGGCUUUGUAAAGUUCUGGGAGUCAGAAAAGUUAGUGUGAUGGAUGUUUCCAAAAAGUAUGGGUUGGAGUAUCGGUUACUUCAUGCUAUCACCAAAGGCCAUCCAUGGUAUGGAGACUGGGGUUAUGAGUUUGGUGCCGGUAGUUUUGCUCUCAAUGUAGAUGCAUACAAGGUGGCUGUUGAAACUCUUUCUAGCCUGCCAUUGUCCGUAUUUCUAUCACAAGGACGGAAACCACGCACUCGCCUGCAGGAUCUAAUUUCAUUUUACCAGUCUUUAUCAGAGCGUGAGCUUGUAAAUACUAGGGACCUCUUUUGUUUUUUGAUGACUUUGAUCCGUGAAGCCCACAAGCCUUCUUCAAGAGUUGAGGAUGCUCCCUGCAAAAAGCGUAGAUCUUGCGAACCGGGGGUUUUGUGUGCUUGGACUAGGAAUGAUGUUGUACAUGUGGAAGAAGCCAUGUUUAGAGUGCUGCGGGCAGUCACUGUUUCCAACUGGGUCAGUUGGCGUGCUCUUAGGGGUGCCGUUUGCAGAGUUGCUCCACCAGAACUCCUGGAUUACUGUCUCAAGGAUCUUGGAGGAAAAGAAACAGCUGAUGGGAUGGUUGUCCGUGCACGUUGUAAUCCUAAUACGGGUGCUGUGGAGUACAGGUUUGAAAGAGGACUUGCUUCUGAAAAUGGACCCACCACUUGCCGCAACACUUCUUUCUCAAACUGCAUAUCUGAAGAGCGUCUCAUUCAGGACUUGAGGUACUUGUAUGAAUCCAUGCUUCACCCUCAAACUAUGCUGGGCUUUAUUCCUUCAGGAAAAAGGGAGCUUGCAGUCAGUUCAGCUGCAAAGCUCCUUGAUUGCAAGCAGUUUGUGAAAGAUUACAAGCCUGAGUGCAUAAUUUCAGUGACAAAUCCAUCUACAAUGCAGCUUUCAUGUCACGUGGAGCUUGUAGAUGAAUUAGAGGAACAUGCCUCAGAACCGCCUCCAGAAAUAAUCCUCCUUUCCCAAAAUGCUACCAUAUCUGAUCUUAAGCUUGAAGCGUCAAGGGCUUUUCAAGAUGUAUAUUUGAUGUUUAAAAGAUUCCAAGCAGAAGAGCUGCUUGGCUAUCGCGGUGUAGAUGAUUCUACCCAGGUCAGGCUCUUAUUAGGGUCUAUCGAUUCAGUUCGGGUCCGAGGGAGAUGCUUUGGAAAAAAUAGUCUGAUCAGAUAUAGAAUGGAGAGGGGAACUGAGAGAUGGACAGUGGAUUGCAUCUGUGGGGCCAAGGAUGAUGACGGAGAGAGAAUGAUGGCUUGUGAUGCUUGUGGUGUCUGGCAGCACACUAGAUGUGCUGGGAUUCCUGACUUCGAUACUGUGCCUGCGAGGUUUGUUUGCCUGAGAUGCAGUAGUUCAGCUCGAAUGACAGAAAAUGAUGUGCCCUCCGAAGAUGAGAAAGUCAAGUCUGUGGUUCAACCUGGAAGCAGCUUUGGGAACAGCUUGAUUGCAAGGGACGUGACAAUCACACAGUCCGAUGCUCGCUGAGAUUUUCUGGUAUUUAUGUUUCCAUUUUUGUUAGAAGCAGUUUAUUGAGGCCUGAAAAAAUGUGUACAUACUGACCAGGCCAAAGAAUCCGACAGGGCAUUUGUACUUGCUUAGCCCCAAUAUUAUGAAGUUUUGUUUGUUCUGUAAAUAAUUUACUGAUGGCUGAACUUACAGUUAAGAAAAAAAAGAAGGGAAAAAAAGAGAAGAAAAUACACGGAUGUGAAGGUGAAAAAAAAGCGUUUUUUAUAUAUAUUAAAAAAAAUGGUUGAAAAUGCUCA